GGAGACGGAGAAGGAUUUAGAAAUCUGCCAGGUCCAGGUAGAGACGGCGUAGUUGGAGGAGGAACACACCUGAAAUCCAGGGGCCUAUCCAAGGAGACCUCCACUGUGGGACCUCUUUAGCCCCGGAGCCGCUCGUUACCAUCUCGGCUCAUUCGUUAAGUUUCCCCCAUCAUGCUGACGCGCUCGUGCUCUGAGCGUAGGCCCUUGCCCGGGUUCUCCGCCCUGCUGACUCACAGCACCCCCAAACCCCGGAACACCAACUCCCCGCCUCCUUCUCCGCCCUUCUACCCCUCGGAGUCCACGUUCUCGCCCGUCUCCGUCGCCUCGCCGCCUCACUGGGUCACCCAAGCCCUCGAAAACCUGGAGCAGGGCGAGCGAGAGCUGCAGGCCCUGAUGGAACGGCAGCAGGCCGAGGUGGAGGAGGUGAACCGGGAGCUGGACGGUGCCGUGUUCGAAGCCCAGCGGGAGGAGCGCCGUCUCCGGGAGAAGGUGGAGCAGGACCACAGGGAGGCCCAGCGGCGGCUCGACCAGGUCAAGAGGGAGAACGGGGCGUCGGUGAGGGUGGUGCAGUCGCUGCUGGACCGGCAGCUCCGUAAGAUGGCCCAGCUGAAGGAGCAGGUGCACCGGUGGGGUGGAAGCGCCGGAGGGGCCAACAAGAACCAGCUCCAGAGAGGGGUGGCCGAGGUCACCCAGCCGUGGGAGAUAUCGCUGUCCGUGAAGAGGGUGAAGUUCCUUCCCAGGACCCCGGUGAGCGACCUCAGCCUCGGAGAGGUGGAGAUCCGGGAGCAGGGAAUGACGUAUCCCAUCGGCGUCUGCGGAGUCCAAGGGCAGAAGUGCGCUCUGCACUCGGGUGAGAGGACGUUUCUGAACACCGUCCCCACCGAGGUUCGCAAAGAUCUGCUGCCGAAUGUGUCCGGGAACAGACGCAGCUCGGUGGAUGUCGAUAAGGCGAGCGCGGGGAGUACGCGCGUCGUCCGGAAACUGCGACUGUCGAGCUCAGGGGAGCCCAAGGAAGGGCUCAAGGCACCUUUCUCGAAGUCGCCAAGUCCGAAGCAUUGCGCUGCUUCCGAGUCGUCCCAAGAUGAGGAGCAGGAGUCACUGUGUUCCGACUCGCCGGGCCAUGACCUGUUCCUGGCCUUCCCACCGGUCUCAAGCCAGGGCGAGUCGGAAGGCGACGAGUCUGACGUCACGCAAGACGGCACCGAGAAGGUUCGGAGAAGGAAGAGCACCUUUGUCCUUGUCCCAAGCGAUGAGCCUUCCUGCCCUCCUGAGGGCAGCUGUGAGGAAUUCCGGGCGUCUACGGAGAUCAAGGCCAGGGGUUCUUUCUCCAGCCACAGUGCUAUAGAUCUAUCUCCCAGACAUUGUCCCCUCGCCUCGUCCACCAAAAAAAGGUCACUUGUUUCCUCAGUGGACAGCGGUAGCCCCCCGUCUCCCGCGGACAGCGAGGACUCCCACUACAGCUACACCGUCGACAUCCCUUACAGACGCUCCCUCAAGGAAGAACACAGCCGAGCUGCGUCCACGGCAGACCUCUCUGGCCGGCAGAGGCCCUUGAUCGACAGUGGAAAGGGCGAGCGACGUGGAAUCAGAAAAGCCAACCGGACGCGCCUCUCCCCAGAGUCCUCAACUCCUGAGCAGAAGCAGGGCUGUUGCCAGGAGUCUGGAGGAAGUUGCACAGACUACAACGAGGGAGAUUUGAGACCCCUGAGUCCAGUGAAGAGGGGCACAUGCGCUAGUCCUGUGAGCAGAUCUCUGUCUCUGUCUGCACUCGAAGGGGAGACCUUCCAACGAAACCGAGUGGAGCAACCAUCCGACAAGUGCAGCAAAGAGGAAGCUGUGCCCCAGUUAAGGGAAGUGGAGGAAGUGGGUGGUUUACCGGCACUAAACGCCGCCUACCUCGUCAGACAGUUUGGAAAACAGGGGUCAGGCCGAACCGACUUCAACCUCCCGAGCGGUGUCCAUGCCACCGUGAAGGGACAGUUGUUCGUGGUGGACUGCGGCAACGCCCGAAUCCAGGUCACGGACCUCCAGAAGAACGUGGUGCAGCAGGUGUGUCCGUCAGGAGCCGAGAGGUCCGCCCGCAUCUGCAACUACUUUGACGUGGCGGUGAACGCCAAGGGCCUCAUCGCCCUGACCUGCGCCGCCGAGCGAGCCCUGCUUGUCUUCAGCCGUCACGGACGACUCCUCCAGACCUUCGGGGGUUCCUCCAUCGGCUCCACCAACGAGGAGCUGGAGGCCCCCCGGGGGGUGACCGUCACCCGGGAGGACGAGUUCCUGGUGGCCGACAUGAAGCGAGGCUCCCUGACCGCGCUGAAGCUGGACCCCAAGACGGGCGUGCGACUGGAGCGCACGACGGUCACCAAGUUCCACCGGCCCCACCUGGUGGCGGCCUGCGUCACUACAGGGCUCGUGGCCGUGUCGGAGCGGGGCAACGAGACGGGCCGCGUCCCCUGCAUCCGGGUGCUUGAGCCCGGGUGGACCACCAUCCGGAUCCUGGGGGUGUGCUCGGGCCUGGGUCCCGUCCUGACGAGCGCGUGGGGUCUGUGCAUCGACGGGGACGGGGACGUCCUGGUGGCCGACUGGGGCAAGCGGCAGCACCGUGUUGUCUUCUACCCUGCCGUAGGGGUAGGCUGGCCCCUGGUGGCGGAGGACCUGAACAGUCCCAGGGGCUUGGCCCCGGUGCCUGGGGGCCAGGUGGUCGUGGCGGACAGCAUGAACCACUGUGUUAAGAUCUACCGCUAUAAGUAGAGAGAUGGAGGGGCUGAGAAACGCUAGCAAAUUACAUUAACGAUGUUGUAGUAUCAGCGAACCAGCUGAUGUGAUUAUCGGUUUUGCACCAUUAUUAUCAAUAAUGGUGCAUUAUUGAUUAUUAUCAAUAAUGGCGUAAAAGUCCAAAACAUUAGUAGACAAUCAUCCACCAUUUAGUUAGAAGUACUUAUUUGACGAACAGGGAAUCCAAGUUUGAGGUUUGAAUAUUUUUGUGGCGUAUUUCUUUGGGGGUUGGAUGUUUUUUUCUUUUUACAUACAAUCAUCUGUGAAUGUAUCAGCUAGUAUAAGCUAUUAAGAUAUCAGCGGUGAUGGAUCGUGAUCUUGGCUCUUCCUAGUAUCCAUGCAGAAUCCUGCUUUAUCUUCUACGAAAUCGUACUGAUUGAUUACAUGUUUAAUAAUUUGAAGUUAUUUUAGAGAGAAUACAAUGUUGAUGGUAUAAAUCAAUUAAAUAUACUAAAAUACAAGCUUAUUAAGGUAUUUUAGUGGGCUACAAAGUGUGUAAUUUUGUUCACAUUGGGAAACAAAAUGUGCAAUCUGUAAAUGUUCCAGACAGACAUGAUUAAGUUGUUCUUUGUGUGUUCUCUGAA